UCUCAAAGCUCUUCUUUUUUUCCUUUCAAAGAGAGGGAGGAGGAGAGAAGCCGGACAUGGAAGUUGCAGUUAGUUAGCUGGCUGUUUAACGCGUCAUCGCUGACUUGUGUAUAAUUUAAUCGAUGUCUCAGGCGACGAAGAGUUGAGGAAGUCCAGGAGGAAGAAGGGUCCUGUCAGUCAUGGGGGGUCGGGGGGCUGGCUCCGGUGUGGGCUGGCUGAAAAGAAAUCUCAGUGAAGGUCAUCAAAAGAAGCCUAUUUUCCAAUCCUGGUUCCAGUUCCUGCUCCUGUUUUGUUUUCUACUCUUCAUCUUGUGUUACACUGUGUCCCAGAGCACGCCAUCAUGGUGGGACAGUCUCCCCCUGCAUCAACACUAUCACAGGUUUUUCAAUCGGACCAGACAGAUUGUUCUACCUCCUCCUUUUUUCAGAGUUAAACCUCAGGAAAUACUUAAAACCACUGCUGUACCAGCUAUUGUCACAUCUACAAAAACGUCUACCAAAGCACCUAUAAUAGCACCUACUAAACCACCUACAGAACCACCUACCAAAGCACCAACUGUACCCACUGCUGUUACACCUCCUUGGCCUCAGUACCACCAAGCCUACCCACGAAACUACCACUUUAUAAUGGAUAAACCAGAGGUGUGCAGGAACCAGACGCCUUUUCUAGUUUUGAUGAUUCCAGUCGCACCAGGAAAUAUUGCAGCACGGGACGCCAUCCGUCAAACAUGGGGCAAAGAAAAGAAAGUACAGGGCGAGGUGGUGCUCACUCUGUUCAUGCUGGGACUAUCUGGAGGAGCUAAUAUCGAGCAGCAGCAGCAGAAGCUCAAAGAGGAGGAUCUGGAACAUCACGACCUGAUCCAGAGUGACUUUAUGGACACUUACAAAAAUCUAACUAUCAAGACAAUGGUGAUCAUGGACUGGCUGGCGACACGCUGCCCUACAGCCGCCUACGCCAUGAAAGUUGACUCUGAUAUGUUCCUGAACAUUGACAAUCUAGUGAUCAUGCUGCAGAGGCCGGGCAUCCCGAGGCUGAACUACCUUACAGGGAUGCUCAUGUGGAACCGGCCGGUGUUGCGGUCAAAGAACUCCAAGUGGUACGUCCCAGAGGAGAUGUACCCAGAGCCAAGGUACCCAACCUACACUCUAGGCAUGGGAUAUGUCUUCUCCAAUGAUCUUCCUGAGAAAUUUGUGAAUGUGUCAAAAUCAAUAAAGCCUUUCAACAUUGAGGACGCGUACAUUGGAAUGUGCAUGAAAAAACUUGGACUGAAUCCCUCAUCGCCACCAAAUCCCUCCCAGUUUCAGGCCUACAACUCAAAAUACAACCGCUGCUCCUUCUCUAAGGUCAUCACCUACAUCCUUGGGUCUUCAAAACAACUAAUAGACUUCUGGACAGACUUAAAGAAGCCAGGACCGCCUUGUCCAUAAAAAGGCAACUAAAGAUGCUCUAAGAUCUCACUUUGGUGUCAGGGGUCGGGAGGCAGGGGAUUGGGAGUAUUUAUUUAUAGAUUUCUACUGUUCUGGUUUACAGUGUUUCUGCCUUGCUCAUGAGAAUAUAGAUUGUGGUAUCAGGGAAAUUUUUGACUACUGAAGUUGCUGUUAAGAUUUGUUUUGAUGAGCUGGCCUCAUGAGUUUAGAGAAACAUGACUAUCUCGUGUCUGACUACAAAUUUCUGCAAAUUGCAGAGUGUGAUUAUGCUUUAUGAAGGUAGCAAUGAAUCAAAAGGGAUGGAAAAAUGUAUUCUUAUGAAAAAACUACUGGUUUAAGAUGUUAAAUCAAUGCAAAAGAUAUGAAAAGGUUUUUUUCUCAGGGCACCUUUAUGCAAUAGAUGAAAAAGCCG